AAAAGAUAAAAAGAAAGAAACGCAAGCGAAACGAAACGAAAGAGCGCAAGGUGGGAACCCAGAAUAACGAACGAUAGAAAAGGGCGACAGGGAAAAAUGAGCGACUAGAAAAACAGGAGUGUAAAAAUACGAACACUUUGACCAAAAAGGAAAGACAUCAACAACAACAACAACUACGACAACAACAACGACAACAAAAUGUUAUAUAUCGCCAAAGAAGCUCACAAUUAAAAUAGUUUUCAUUUGGAUAAAUGCUAUAAAAUCGUAUUGGCAGCCGUUUAACCCGCCACGCUUUUUAUGCGUAUGCGUCUGUGUGUGUUUGUUGUGUGUGCGUGUGUGUGUCUAUGUGUGGGUGUGGGACUAUGUGUUUUUAUAACGUCGCCUAAAUUUGCAGCAAGCAGAAACAAUAACAAAAACAACUCAUCGUUUGCAAGUGAGAACAGAGAGAAAGAAGCUGGAGCCGGAAAAUCAACUUGUAGUUGCACUGACAACACAACCUAUCAACAACAACAACUUUAGCAGCAACAACAACAACAACACCAAACGCUUGAUCCUAUUUCACGCUUCUCGCCUCGCCAUCAGUCCCUGUCGCACUUGCAGAACUUGCAUACGAUCCGGCAUUGCUACGUCAUCGUUAUCGUCAUCGUCAUCGUGACAUCAACUACUACGACUGCUACUACUGGACUUUUAGCCAUCAUCAAAAGCAACAAAACGGAGACGCCAACUGACGUCGCCACAACAACAACAACAAAUACAAAAUGCCCAAAUGCGAUGUGAAAACCCGCUACAUUCCGGCGACUUUUGCAUGGAUUGUGUUGUUACUGACAACAUUUCUUUUCUUCUUUUACCCCUGUCAGUACUAUGUGAAAACACAUCCGUGGGUGUUGGCCUAUCAGGGCGUUAUCACAUUCUUUGUUUUGGCUAAUUUCACGCUGGCGACAUUUAUGGACCCGGGAAUUAUACCCAAAGCCUCUCCCGACGAAGACUGCGAAGAGGAGUUCCGUGCACCUCUUUACAAGAAUGCAGAAAUUAACGGCAUCACUGUAAAAAUGAAAUGGUGCGUCACAUGCAAGUUUUAUCGCCCGCCUCGCUGUUCACACUGCUCCGUCUGCAAUCAUUGUAUAGAGACAUUCGAUCAUCACUGUCCCUGGGUAAACAACUGCAUUGGGAGACGGAAUUACCGGUUCUUCUUCUUCUUUCUUGUGUCUCUUUCCAUCCAUAUGCUGAGCAUAUUCUCGCUUUGCCUGUUUUACGUGCUAAAAGUUAUGCCCAGCAUCAAACAAACGGCGCCCAUUGUCGCUAUGGUUCUAAUGGGUCUCGUCACAGUGCUGGCGAUACCAAUAUUUGGCCUUACUGGAUUCCACAUGGUGCUGGUAUCACGGGGUCGCACCACAAACGAACAGGUGACAGGCAAGUUCAAAGGCGGUUACAAUCCCUUCUCUCGUGGCUGUUGGCACAACUGUUGCUACACACAGUUCGGACCGCAGUAUCCUAGCCUGCUGAAGCCUAAGAAGUAUGCAUCACGACGAUCUCAGACGCAAAAUCAAGCAAUAAGUACUAUAUGCAACGAUCGGACCAAUCAACAGACCAACUCCGGUAGCGGAACCGGAGGCAAUGGUAGCACAGCUGUCGGUGUCGACAGUGGCAUGCGCGGCACUUCGGUACAAUAUUCACCCCGCUCCUACUACGAUACGGGUCGGAAGAAGCGUGGAAUUCAGGUAAAGACUUAUAUGGCCGAGGGCAAUGGUUAUAAUCAACGGUCGGGCAGCACAACGCUUUAUAGUAAGCUGUCGCCAGGGCGUGAGUGCUCCGACACGGACUUGGAUGCGCCACCAGCCUCACAGAGUCAAGACUGCGAACCGACACCGCCACUUCAGCGCCACAACUCUAGCAACUUUUACCUUCCCCAAGUAAGUGACACGGUGCCGGGUAUUAACAUGAGUAAUAUAAAUAUAAACAAUGGAAACAUUGCAAGCGGCGCGGGUGGUGCGCCCAAUUCGUCGCAGGUUAGUGGUAGUGGUGGUGGCGACUCCCCACGUCACUUACGCAUGUAUCAUCCACGCCAUAGUCCGCAUGCGCGGCCCAGGGGCCUAGACCCACAGCGAGGCUACACGAGCGAUGCACUUUCGCCCGACAAUCCAGGUGGUUACGUUGUCAGUGGCGCUAUCAACAGUCAGCAGGGCAUAACAGUAGCACAAAACCAGCGUAGUGGGAACACAACGGCCACGCCCACCAUGCAACAACGAAUUAAGCCCUUGGGCGUGGCAACACCACUUGUCGUAGCUAGUCCAGUGAGAAGAUCCAAUCCGGGAACCCCAACGCAACCGAGACGCCCCGACUUUAUAGGCCUCAAUGCGCAGGCAGCGCAACAACAACAGCAACAGCAAGCGGCUGCUGCAGCUGCCUACUAUGAGUAUACAAGCGGACUACCGCCACAACAUCCCCAGGCUCCGACCAUUCAACAGCAACAGCAGCUCUUGCUGCAACAGCAGCAGCGUGUUAUGCUGCAGCACCAGCAACAAGCACUGCAACAGCAGCAACAAUCGUUGGCGCAGACCGCUUAUGGUGGCAGCCCGCAGCGUCGGUUUCUCUCUGAGGGAGAGCUCGUCAGACAGGGUACCGGUGGCGGAGAACUCUCUUACGCGCGCUCUAACAACACUGUUGACAACAUACGAGAGCUGGCUGGCAGUCCGCAGCGUGGCGUCUACAUGUGGAAGGACACCUCACCCGGCUUUACUGCUGGUGUCCAGACUUCCGUUAGUAUUGGCAGUAGUGCGGGCACACUGUCAAGCAGCGGUAAUAUAGGCGGUGUCAUGCAGAACGCUCAGUAUAUAACAGCCGGCGGAGCCGCCCAUCCACUUAUUAUGACUCACUCACGCCUGCACGACUAUGUCAAUCAACAACAACAACAACAACAACAGCAGCAGCAGCAGCAGCAACAACAACAACAGGCCGCCGUAGCGGCAGCCGCCUCAUAUCAUCGGUCGAAUCCCACAAGCCCCACAACCAUGCCACAGACUUCCGCCGCUCAAACAUAUGUACUUCGGUACGGCGGCGGCGGUGGCACUGGGGCAACUGCAGCAUCCGGAAGCUGUGGCAGCAUUGCCAAUAUUCCAGCUACCAGCAAUGCCAGUGCUGGCGCUGGCAGUGGUGGUGGUGUUGGGGGUUAUCAGCCACAGCUACGCGGCGGAAUACCUGUAUUUCCGCCUAACCCGCUAGGGGGUGUAAGUGUGAGCAAUGCGGCUGGUGGAAUGCAACAGCAGCCGUCACCUCAGAUCAAGCGCAAACAGACUCCCACCCGACCAAUGAGCUUUGUGCGCGCCCUUGAGAUGACCGACUCUAUGGAGAUGCAGACGCUCGAGCAGCAGCAGCAGCAAGCGCAGCAAGCCGCGACGAUGGUACUCAAUAAUGGAGGCCUGAACAGCGGUGUGCCAUCGAGCCUGGCACAACAGAAUGCGGCUGUAGCAGCUGGACGCAAAGCGGCAGCCGUGGCUGCAACCAAUGCCACAGGCACAUCCGAUCGCGCCAGCAUUUACGAUAUGAACUACGAGAUCUCCGUAUAACCCGUGGUUGUGCCUGUUGUCGUAAUGCCACCCGCUUCAGCAGUCGCCGCGGCACCGGCGACGUCCGCCGCCUUAUACGCAAAUCAACAUCAUCAACAGCAAAUCUAUUUGCAACGCCCUAUAAUAAGUGAUGGUGUGAAACCGCCGGCCGUUUCCGUGUCUAUGCCUGUGUCCGUGCCCGUGCCCAUUCUAUCCACUACAAUGCCCAGCAAUGGGAUCAACCAGAGUCACCUCAACAUCAGCAAGAUUCCAAACAAGCGAAAGUUCUCCACUUUCUUCUGAAGCAGUCAAGUGUUCCCCCAAGUUUUGUAUAUAAUAUCCAUGAUUAAGUUUUCUACCGCAUGCAAGUUUGCUUAUCUUGGGCGCUGUUCGCUUUUAACAUUGUUUUUAUUUCAUUAAUAUUUUUAUUUUUUUUUUAUUCAGUUUUGAUAAUUAAUUUCAAUAUUUUAAAAUUUAAAUUAAACUAUAGUUAUUAUACACAGUAUAUAAUAACUUAGAUAUUGGUAACACAAGAUUUCGAUGGUGUUUUUGAAAAGUUUGAAGUGAAUCGAAAUUGCAGGAAGUCGAAAGCAGUUGGCAGCACUGUAUUAACAAUAAAUAGAGAGCUACUUGUUAGCGAUUAUUUUGUUAAUGCUUUUAUUCGGUUUUUUACGCAUUAGACAGAAAAACUCGAUGUGCUUUUAAUAUUUUAAAUUAAUGAACUAAGUUAGAUUCACGACACGCCCACAAUUGAGCAAAUGCAUGCGUAUACACAUGUAGCUUAUCCAAUUGUACACGAAAGUAAAACAAUAUAUACUACUCGUAUAUAGUACUUUAAUAUUUAUAUUUAUAUACGUAGGCAUUGCAAUCAACUCCAAGAUAGAACAAUUCUGGUCGGAUUCAAGAUCGAGUAUAAUAAGCUACCUACAUAUAACUACAAACGUGCUACUACACCUAAUCAAAAGCGCCGAAAUUUUUUGACAACCGUAUCGAAGAGAUUACAAAUUGUACACAUUUGACUUCUAAGUAGUAUAUACUAAUUGCAGUGCAUAAGUUUGUUAUGUAUAUAUGUAAUUUGUCAUAUAUGCACAUGCAUGCAUCAUGCACAUGACAUAUAUGUACGUAUAUAGGGAAUAAUUGCAUACAUACAUACAUAUGUACAUACAUACAUACAUACAUACAUAACAAUAAAAUUUGCCAAAUGGCGUAAUCAGCCAUAAAAAGGCAAGCAAAUCAAAUUGAAAGGAGAUUUUUCUUUAAUUCUUGAUUCUGUGUCUUUAAAUAUCGUCCACACUUCAAUGUAUUUUGUAUAUAAGUGUAUAAUUAUGUCUUUAUGUAACGUGUAUACAUCACGUAUUAUGUUAAGGCCCAACUGUUUCAGCCAAGCAUUUAGUUGUUGUCGUCACAAGGUAUAAUAGAACUGUAACACACGCGUGACACCCGUACUUAUAUUUUAGACUUUGUUGUUAUGUUUUUAAGUCAACUUAGUGUUUAUUUUGUGCUCUGCCACUUGUUAAUAACACCAAUACUACCAUUGCGAGCGACUCUUCCACACCCAAUAAAUCAAAAUGCGUCCCCAUUUUAAGGCUAACAUUGCUGGUCCCAGUCCCGUAUUCAAUAACUCACCAAAUGUUUAGCAAAAUUCAAUUGAAGUCUAUUGUAACGAUCUGUAUUUUAGUUUGCAAUGAUAACCGAAUAAAAUGCAACAAAUUGAAUAGAUUUAAUGAUUGUAAUAACGCUAGCUACAUGUAAUUAUUGGAGUGUUCACACGCACAAGGAUAGGACCCAUACUCGUACAACGUACAGGGACAACAGGUAUUCAGCUCUACCGUGUACGUGUGCAACACAAAAACAAGGCAAAACAAUACGAAAAUUAAUAGACGAAAAAAAAAAUAAUUUAGAGUAUUUAUUGUAAGUGUUUUUUGCUAACAAAAAAAUGUUGAAUUGAAACAAAGCGAACAUUAAAAACACUUUAGCGAGAGACAUAUGUACACGCAUAGUUAUGCAUACGAAUGUAUAUUAAAUAUAUGAAAUGUAAUUGAAACUGCAAAAAUGUGUAAAAAACAAAUGUUUUAGAUUUUUAUAUCAAAUUUAAUUAAUGACAAACCAUGUUGUUUAAAAAAUUUCUAUGUUUUUGUAUUUGCCGAACGCUACAUUUAGUAAGGCAGUCAACGCAAAGAUACUCAAAGAGUAUCUGAAUAGAUGA